AUGCCCUCCGCUUGCAAUGUGAGGUCCAGGGCUCGGGAGAGGAACAACGUCCUGAGCAGACCCGAGUUCAUGUCCUUGAACCAGCCGCUGCCCCCCCUCCGCGGGCCCGGGACCUCCGAGGGCCGAGGCAGCACCCGGCGACAGGGCCCAAGCAAGCCGCAAGCCAGCCAGCCGAGCGAGGAACCUACCGACCCCGGCAGCAAGAUGCCGGAGGAGGACUGCAUGCAGCUGAACCCUUCCUUCAAGGGGAUCGCCAUCAACUCCCUCCUCGCCAUUGACAUCUGCCUGUCCAAGCGCAUGGGGGUGUGCGCCUACACGUCGUCCUCGUGUGGAGGCUGCCGCUCCAUGGUCACGCUCCUGGCGCUCACCGGGCAUGGCAUCACGUGGAUCAUUGGCACGAUCGUGUGUCUCACCCGGAGUCACACUCUGGCCGGACAGGAGGUCCUGGUCAACCUGCUGCUUGCCCUCAUCCUUGAUGUCAUGACGGUGGCUGGAGUCCAGAGGCUGGUGAAGCGCAGGGGUCCCUGGGAGAUGAUGCCGGGCUUAAUGGACUGCAUCGCCAUGGACCUCUACUCCUUCCCGGCGGCUCACGCCAGCCGAGCCGCUUUGGUCUCCAAGUUUUUGCUGUCCCACCUGGUGCUGGCGGUGCCGCUGCGCAUCCUGCUGGUGCUGUGGGCCUUCCUGGUGGGCAUUUCGCGAGUGCUGCUGGGGAAGCACCACCUCACCGACAUGGUGUGCGGCUUUGCGCUGGGCCUGCUCCACUUCAGCCUGAUGGAGUCGGUGUGGCUGUCAUCCAGCACCUGCCAGACUCUCAUUUCAAUAAGCACAUUCAGCUGGAGCCCUUUGAUCUGAGCUCCUGAUAAAAAGCUAUGCUUG